CUUUGUCAAAAAACCUACGUUUCUCCAGAGAAGUACGUAUUACGUGCAGUGACAACAGUGCGUAUAGUACUGAUACAGCGAGAUGGUUCCUUGGCGGUCAUCGCCGUUGUUUACGUGACCAUCGUCUGCGGCUGCCGGCUUGUCGGAAAGCGAUGACGUCUCGUCAGUCUCUUCUCUCUGUCUUCUUGAUCAAGUGUUCAUUCGACUAAUUAUUAUAUUCUAUUUCACUUUAUUCCUAAUCCUCAUUAACUGCCCAUCACGUCCUUAUUUCGCCGCACCCCCUUUUUUCCCACCCCGUCUCUCAAACGCCCUAUGAGUACCUCACAAACACCUACCCUUCCUCCUUCGAGACCCUCUUCCCCAGCUCCUCUCUAUCGUCGGACACCGCUGAAAGUCGGAUGUGUUCAAUACGACGUCAAACUGGGGAGGGUGAAGGAAAAUGCUGCCAAAGUUGAAGAGCUUACGAAAUGGAUGAAACCCGGACACGUAGAUCUUCUUGUCCUCCCAGAGAUGUGUCUCUCCGGAUACGUCUUCAAUAGCCCCAUCUCGAUCUUGCCGUACCUCGAAGCCCCUCGAAUCGGACCUACAUCGCUCCUUGCGAGGGCAUUAGCUACAAGAUUAGGAUGUCAUGUAAUUGCUGGGUACCCGGAGGAAAUCCCCUCCUCUGGCUCUCCCUCUUCUUCACCAACCGAAAUUGCCGACGCAGCUCCAAAAGAAUUGGAAGGCGAAGCAGAAGGUGUAGGAUACAACUCGGCGGUAAUAGUUUCUCCUACUGGGGAAGUGGUGGGUAACUAUAGAAAGACGUUCAGGUUCGAGACGGAUAAGAAUUGGGCAAGAGAGGGAGAUGGGUUUCAAUACUUUGACUUGUCUGAACCUCUGGGAAGGGUCGCACUUGGGAUUUGUAUGGACCUCAAUCCCAAGGAUUUUAUCGCACCAUGGGACGCAUUCGAGCUCGCCAACUUUUGCCGAGACAACGCAGUCGACAUGCUCGUCAUACCUAUGAACUGGCUUUCCCCGCCCGCCGAACCUCCUACUACCACCUCUGCAUCCGGUGAGGAACCCUCGCACCCAGUAGAACCCCCCGAAGACCCGGAAGCACCAUCAGAGUCAAACUUGAAUUAUUGGGCGGCGAGGCUCGUGCCGCUACAUGAUCCUACACCUCGAUAUUCCACUGCUCCUUCUACGUCUACAUCUACGCCUAUUCCUGGGUCUGGGUCUGGGAAGGAUGGUGAAGGGAAGGAAGUUGUUUUUGUGGCGUGUAACAGGAUUGGAGAGGAAGAAGGCUCCAAAUUUAUAGGAACGAGCUGUGUCAUGACUGUCUCCAACACACCUUCCCGAAUUGAAUUGGUAGAGUGCUGUAAUAUCUCGGAGGAAAGGGUUAUGAUUGCCGUGGUUUAGUGUUUCACGCUAUUUCAAGCUGGGGUGCAAAGAGCGUUAUGAGUUUGGGGUUGCAGGGGACGGAGAGAUGAGACGAUGAGUCUAGGACAUGAAUAUUAAGUGGCAAGGAAUCUCGAGUGUCGUCACGAAGCAAAGCUAUUCUGUUGAGAUAGUCAAAAGCUAAAUCGAACAAAUGAACGUCGGAACAUGCAAAUUUGAG